GAGUUAUGGUAGUAAAACUACCUUCAAUGAUAAAAUGUUUUUGUGGUUAAAACGCAAUCGUCAACCGCUUUGUUGUUUCGUCACUCUUACUUUGAAAACAACACUCCGUUUUCCGGGGUUGUUGCAUGUGUUUGAAUUAUGCUUGACUUGUCAAAUAUGACAGUUGUCGUCACAACAACAUCAACAGCAUCUUAGAGCUAAAAACGGUUCAACACCGAAUGAUUAAUAUUUUAUUAAUAUUAUCCGCGUACAUUAUGCCUGCCACAUCGACAAAAACGUUGACGACGUGUGCGUGCUAACGCAAGCGGUCUGGAUAGUUAGCAUGCAAAGCAGCUAGCACGGUGUGUGCUGCCGACUCGGCCUGCUAAAGCCGGCGGAAGAGCUUCGUGAGCGCGGAGAGCCUCGCCCAGGACCCCCCCGCAACCUCCCCACCGCCAGUGUGAUGGAGGCGGUUCCGUCUGAACCUUCCGGCAUGGCGGUGGACCUAUCCAAGGGCUUCUCUGCGCCACCCCGAACCCGAAACCAGUGCACCCCUGCCUUGGAUCUCGCCGCCAAGCCUGAGUGGUACCAGGCCCGCUCACGCGUCGACUCCUCAUACGGAACCAGAAGCUAUGAUGGGGAUAGCGGCGUGGAGCCGAAAUAUGUGAACGCCACGCUCCCGCCGGGUAUGUACCGUGAUGAUGACCCGUGGUGUCCCGCCUUCUACCAGACGGAUGCCAGCUGCGAGGACGACAGCGACAGCGGCUCGGACGUCAUCGUUCUGCUGGCGGCCGCCAAGGAGCCACUUCUCUGCGCCUCCUUUUUGGCCGAUGGCGUGCGGCACAUUGUGGAGCCGCUGUCGCCCGCGCCAUCCUCACCGGAAUGCUGCCAGCAAACUCUCAGCUCGCAGAGUAGCGAUAGCUCGUCAUCAGAAGAAGAGGAAGUGGAGGAGGAAUCAGAAAGCUCGGCGGACAUUCCGCCGCAUCACGCGAGACCCGUUGUCCUCCUUGCGGACCUUAGCAUCGACUACGCCGGCACCGUGGACUCCCGCGCUGACACGUUGAGUGACGACAGCGACGUCGUAGAAGUCCCUGUCACCCAAACCACCCCAAAGAGACCGAUAUUUCCCCAAAAUAAAAUUCAUGAAAAAUCUGCCGCCAUUGAAUGCAAGCGCAGCGUCAGAAUAAGGGCACACCUUGAGCAGGUGCCCUCGUCGUCGCCCCGGCCAGUGCGGUGCCAUCUUGCUAGAAGUGUAAAGAAAGACGCGAUGGGUGUUUAUUACGAAAGCUGUGACUCUGACGACGCCUUGGGAUAUGCGCUGGAGAGCGACGACGAUGCUCAGCAAUGCCACACUGCCAGUGAGUCCAACGACUCUCACCAACGCUGCACGGUCAACCAAUCUCAUGAUGAUCUUCAACGCCUCGCUUCGAUGGGGAAAACUGAAGAAGCUCCAGAAACUGAUAAUAAUCACCAUCAUGUUGUUAACAAAUCAAACAGCUCUCGCCAAAGCCGUGCCGCCGACAAAUCCGGCAAGGUUCGGCAAUACCAUUCCAGCAAAGCUGAUGAUGCUCGCCAACUCCACAAAGCCAGAAAAAAUGUUCCCCAACAUCAUUCCACCCAAAAAAUAGGCAACUCUCAGCAGCGCCGCGCCUCCAACAAAUCUGGCAAGGCUCAACAACAUCACACAAGCGAAUCGGAUGAUGCUGAUCAACGCCACCCCACAAACAAUCCUGAUAAUGCUCACAGAUGUCGUGCCGCGAGCAAAUCAGACAACUCUCAUCGGCGCCGCGCCACCAACAAAUCAGCAGACGCUGGCAGAGGUUCAACUCAACGAAAGCCAUCGGCGGUUGCUAAAAAAUCUGUGAAGAGACGACGGCGUAAUCGUAGAGCGUGGUUUCCACCGUCGUCUCUUUUCUCGCCACCGGAGCCUGAAAUCAAGUUAAGGUGCACCGUCGAGCAAAAACCAGCCAAGAAGAAGAAGAAGACGUCAGACAACUUUUGUCCGUUUGUGCGAGUUCGCUGGCGUGCCAGCUCGCAGCGUAAUGAUGUGAUGGUGGUUAACCAGCAGGAGCAACAGGACGUCCCACACCAAAAACAAAGCAUCGCCCCCCUUUCUUCUGGAAUCAUCCCCAAGGCUUCCUGUUUCCGUCCGGGACGACUUAACGGUGCCGGCGCCGCGCCGCCACUGUGCUGCCUGUGCGGCGGCCAGGCCAACGCCAACGGGCUGGGCGAUCUUCAUGGGCCGUAUCUACCCGCGGCGGGCUCGCUCGCCAAGCUGCCAGACUGUUGCGAUGACGACGCUGGCGAGCGCUGGGUCCAUUCGGACUGCAGCGUGUGGAGCAGCAGAGUGUUCCUGGUGCGAGGGAACCUGUACGGCCUGCAGGAGGCGGAGCAACUGGCGCGCCACACGAUAUGCUGCUGGUGUCAUCAGUCAGGUGCUAUUAUGGGAUGUUCGCACAAAGGAUGCACCGAAUAUUUCCACUACGCGUGUGCUCGACCCGCAGGUUGUGUGCUAAACGAGGAGAACUUGUCACUACGUUGUUCACAACAUCCCUUGGGCAGAUGCCAACAACAGCAGCAUGAAGGACACACACCGUCAGAGGAAAAGUUGGCGAGUGGGGCGGCGUCACGUCAGGUGACAGACAAGGGCGACCAACCGCUCUCAUCACUGACAAGCGACUGACACACGAUUGACACAUGGGAGUCACAUGACUCCACAACAGGACUCCAGAGGAAUCAGACCAAAGUUCCUGAGGAGGUGGGGCAUUCCCUGACUGUGCCCACUGCCCUGUGACAUCAUCAAAACCAGCCUGCACAUGAGUGUCCAUCAACGUCAAUCAAGCUUCACGGUGACACCUUGUCGAGCUUCACAAAGGUUUCAGUUCACAGAUCAACUGCAAAUUUUGAAUCCAAGGUGCCUUCAUGUGUCCCAAAACGUAUUUUUGACACUGGUUUCAACAAUGUCUUUACAUUUUUCUUGCACAUGAGGUUUAUGAGACAUUUUAUUUUUGGUUUUGAAGUUUGACCUCUAAAAGCUUUCACAAUACGGAUUUUACCAUGCGCUGCUAUUAAUAGGUGUGAUAUUUUAGAGAAAUUUCCUGAUGCUAAACCUAACUCUUAAUUCAUGAAUUCAUUUUUAUAUAUUGUGUAGGUAUGCUGGAUUACUUAUUAUAUUAUUGUUCUGAAAACCUGAUACACUCGGGGAAAAAAAUAGGGCAAAUUCUGAAUCAGUGGAAAAAGAUCAUCUCGAAAAGUUAACUUGCAUCUCUGAUUUUAAAAAAUCAAUUUAAAUUUGCUGACCAGUGUUCUUUUUAAGCGUUCAGAAGUUCAGUAUUUUUAUUGUCAUAGCUGUUACUGGGAUACACAUCACACACAUUCGCCAUACCGUCUUUAAAACACACACAUGAUGAUGUCACUUCUGAUUUUUACGCUUGUUGGAAGAUCAAAAGCAGUCCAUCACUUUUGAAUAGAGAUCUCUUCCAUGUUUAGUUUUGAAUGAACGAGCAGGUUGUUGCUGCUACAUUUUAUUAUGACCCUGAACACCAAUAAAUGACACGACAAU